GCAGGUCGGGCAACUCUCGAAACGCGAUUCCUCGGCGAGCGCACGUUUGAAACGCACGACUUCACGGAGUUUUGCCUCGCGGCCAGGUUCAGGGUGCGCGUACGCGACUUCGCGGCACCUUCACGUUGUUGUCCACGGCGAGUUUCACGUCGGUGGAGAAUCUCGAAAGGCUCGAGUCCAAGUUCGCGGGAAACCGAAGUCGAAGACGUCGAAACGGGAAACGGUGUGCGCGAUUAUUACGUCACAUCCAGCUUUCGUGCUCGACGAGGGAUCGUCGUCGUCGGGUCGACGAACGGAAUUACGGAGGGUGAUCCGGAGACCGCGCGAGACCGCCGCAAUCCCGCGGAACAUGGCUGUCGCGAGUCGCUGCGUCGCGGCGUGCGCGUUUCUGGCGGUGCUCUCGAUGCUGGUGGAGACAGGAUACGGCAUACGGUGCUACCAGUGUAACAGCACCAGCACCGAGUACCCAUUUCAGUGCAACGAAUUCCUGACGAGCGACGUGGAUCUUCAGCCUACGUCGUGCGACGAUGUUUACGGAGCGCAGUAUUGUGUCAAGCACAUAGGCCGUUUCGAGGCUACGGCCUUGGAUUGCUAUCAGUGCACGUCGGCGGAUGAAUGGAAAUGCAUGGAUAGCGAAUUGGUUGAAAAUUUCUUGGUGCCGAGAAAUUGUAGUCACGUGUACGGGGCGCGUUAUUGCAUCAAAUCAAUCGGCCGUUACGGAGGUGGCAUUGGUACAAAGCGAUUUUGCUCGUCCGUGCACAUGGGAAACUAUUGCGACUACGUGAAACAGCCGGGUGACAAGCUGACCUAUCGCACUUGUGUGUUCACGUGUUCCGAAGACGGAUGUAACUCAGCAUUAUCCUUCGUGCCGAACGCGAUGUAUACAUGGAUUAUGCCAGCGAGUUUAGUGGUAGUCUGGAAAAAGCUGUUUCACAGGUAGAAGCUUCUCUGAGAGCUUGACGAUUAGAUAAGAGCCUGACAAAUUUAUUGUCGAUGAAUCUCUUGCGCUUUUUUAUAAAUAUUUUUAAACCGCGUAUAUCAAAUCAAAUUCUAAUCAAUUUCUGACUACUGCCAAUAAUAUUUUAUCAUCACGGGGUGUAGCAUUUAUAAAUGUGAGACUUUUUUUAUCAAUAUGAGAACGUAACGAUUAAUCUCAUCCAAACUUUUUUGCAACUUUAUCCCAUAAUGGGAUUGUUUUAUCUCUAUCAGUUGAAAUAUUAAAAUUAUUUUUUAUCUUGAUAUUCAUUCGUUUUUUAAAAUUGUUUGAAAUGAUAUUCUUAUAGAAAGGUAGAAAUAUUUUAACAAUAUUUUUACAUGUAAUCGUAUCAAAGCAGAUUUCAAAGAGCAUUACUGUUUUAAGGCUCUCUUUUUCUAUAUACUUUUUAACAUAUUUUUAUUACCUUAAUUAGGAUGUAAUGUGUCUCAUUAUUUUUAGGACAAUAGUAUUUUUGUAUAUUUUAUUAUAUAUUUAAUAUUUUUGUAUAUUUCAUAUAUUUAAUGAUAUAUAGACUAACAAAACAAUAAGAACUGAAGUGAAAUAUGUCCGUCCACUCGACUCAGAGAUAGAAAAUUCUAAAACAGCAAUUGUAUAAUUAAGAUACACUUAUAUAAUUUAUCAAAGAGAGAUAUAUAUACUGCACUUUUUUUUAUCUUUGCUAUGUACUGACAUAAUACAUAGGAUUAAAUUGA